AUGAAACUUCUUCCUGGCAAGACAUUUUUCUACAUCGAUGAGAUGAUCAACUCGAUCAAAGACGGAUUGAACGGGACUGACGGGAAGCGCCCUUUGUUCGAACUCUUUGCAGGAGUCGCCCACACUGGCUGUGGCGGCGGUGGUAUCGAUCGGCGGAAUAUUUGGAAGUACGGUACGAAGUUCCAAUACUUCCAAUUGGAAGAUUUGUUUGGAGGACCACCCUUCAUCACAGGCGUGAAGGAGUUUACGGAACAUGAUUAUCUCGAGACAACUGAGUUCCUCAGAGCGACAAAGGCCGAUGACAAAUGUUACUGCCUCUGCGAAGUUGUCCGAGACGGACAGUCGGAGCUUGGCUGGUCACUCUACAUUCACGAAAUACAGCCUGUCAGUUGGGAGACGAUGCGAAGUGCUCAUGCCAGCAUGGGAAGAAUGACCGACGAUGGUGUGGUCGAGAGGCAGACCAAGAUGUGCGUGGGCGAGGACUUUUGGUGA